AACAUCACAAUUUGGAAGAAAUUUAGAUUUAAAACAAUUUCAUUUUGACUCAAUUUAUAAUGAAUUUCAUAUUUGUUACAAGUGUACUUUUUAUUAUUGUGGUAUCGGUUACAUCAAUUAUGCAAAACCGAACUGACAAAUUUGUUUCUCUGUGUGUACAAUUGUUACAGAGGAAACCUAAGAUGAAAUUUAAUUUCGGUGAUCCCACUGAACACAGUUGGCUUAUUGUACUUAUGAGAAAUAUAUCUUUCCUUUGCUCUGGGGCUUUAAUAAGUUCAACGCAUGCUAUUAGUGCAGCACACUGUUGUGCAACAGAUAAAAAUCGUAAAACCAAAGCCGUUGUGGCCAAUCUUAAAGUUUGGGUCGGAGUCCAUAACAGGUUGAAUUUUCAUUCAAAGUAUACAGUUGGAUAUAAUGUUGAAUCCUGCAGCUUUCACUAUAUCAAUCAGGGCUUUUCGAUAAACCAUCUGUAUGGAUUAGCAUUGAUAAAAACUAAAAAAAGAAUUGAAUUUAACUUCAUUGUAGCACCAAUAUGUCUUCCGACAAAAAACUGCCAGACUGACAUCAGUUCAUGUAUUGACUUGAAAAAGUACGAUGUCAAUUCGUACGGUUGGGGUGCAGAUCGAAACAUAAGGUUGGAAACGCCAGGCCUUUUCCCUAAGUCUGAACCGGUUUGGUAUUUGGACAAGGAUAAAUGCAAGCAUAAACAUUUUACAAAGCAUUCAUUGAUCUACUACGAAUGUGUCGUGGGGCUUAACAGCAAGAAGACAUGUUUGGGGCUCAGCGGGACUCCUGUCAUUGCUGUUGACAAGGCAACUAAAAAAACUGUUCUCUUAGGAAUCAUUGCAGCUGGACCGGUUUGCUUCCAUCAUGUCAAUAUAUAUAAAGCUUAUGUCAUUAGCGUAGGAGCACUGGAUCAUCAUCUAUUGCCUGAAGAAACAAAUGAUAUAAAAGCGAAACAUGAUACACAAUCAGAGAUUUGUACACGGUCCAUUUCAAAGAAUAUAACAAAACAAUGAAUGAUUUAUUUCAAACUAUAAAAUUGUAUAAUUAUUUAUAAGUUUUAUUUUACACAAAUUUCGAGCUGUACUUGAGGGAAUGUGAAACUAUUUAGCACAAUUUCCAAGAUGUGUCUUGUGAUUUUUUUAAAUUAUCAUCAUUAUUAUC